AUGUAUUUAUCGGAAGAGUGGCUCUCGUACGAGCGGAAGCUAGGGUUCCGGCCAGUGAUUACCGGCACCGUCGAGGAAAUACGUACCGGUUACAAUGGGCUCUCCGACACGAUUGCUAAGCAGUUGCCGCCGCAUGACUCCACGUUGACCGUUCUCCCGGUCCGCAUUUACACUCCCGGCCAGGCCAGCGAGCGGAAGCUGCCGGUCGGCGUUUAUGCACACGGCGGCGGAUUCGUAGCAGGGAGUGUCCAGGCCUCGUUUGAAGAUUACAAUUGCCGUUACAUUGCCCAAAACACACCCUGCAUCAUCGUCUCUGUCGACUUCCGCCUCGCCCCUGAACACCCCGUUCCAGCACAAGUCGACGAUGUCCUCGCCGGAUUUCUAUGGACCCGCGAUAACAUAACAACCCUCAACGGCGACCCAUCCAAACUCUUCCUAAUCGGUGCCUCCGUAGGCGGCGGUCUAGCAUUGAGCGUGGCCUUCAAGCUCCUCGAAGCACCGCAAGGCGACCAGCAUGCCCAGCUAGCCGGCAUCGUCGCGCUAGCGCCCAUCACGAUGCACCCAGAGCACGUCCUAGCCGAGUUCCUCCCGGACUACACGGCAUACGAAGAAAACGCCGAGGGACCGUUGAUCAACCGCGCGGCCAUGUAUGUUUUCAACAGUCUUAACGGGUGUGAUGCGCGCAAGGAUGAUGUCAAGGGCCUGCCGCCUACUUACAUCUCGACCUGUGGCGCUGACCCGCUGCGUGACGAUGGGACUGUCAUUGAGCGCGCGCUGACCCGCCAGGGGGUCCCGUGUCGGCUGAGGAACUAUGAGGGUUUGCCGCAUUUCUUUUGGAUAUAUCCUGAGAUUCCUACGGGGGACACGUUUCGGGAGGAUACGGUCGAGGGGGUGAGGUUUGUGUUGGGGGCUUAA